AUUUUGCUGUCAUUACUUUCGAAGAGCUUUUUCGAACAUCUUCAUGCAGCCUCGCAAUCAUUCGGUGUCAAUUCGUCAGACUGUUUUUUUUCCCUGAUCAAAACAAUGAGAUUCUUUUUCCUCUAUUUUUCUGUGAUAUCUCUUCUCCUGGCGAAUGGAGAAGUGGAGAAAGUGUUUAAAUAUCAACCGAGACAUGUUCACUUAUCCUUUGGAGAAUCAACAUCCGAUAUUGUCGUCACUUGGUCAACAAUUGACGAUGCGGGAAAGUCUCUGGUGGAAUACGGAAUUGGUGAUGAGUUAGACCAAAGAGCUGUGGGGAAGUCUGAGAAGUUCGUCGAUGGCGGACCGCAGAAGAAAUCCCAGUGGAUUCACCGAGUGACCUUGUCAGGAUUGAAACCUGAAACUCGCUACUCUUAUCACUGUGGCGGGAAUCUGGGCUGGUCUGCGGAGUUUUGGUUCGUCACGCCACCGGCUGGAGAUCAGUGGUCGCCUCAGUUCGCCAUCUUCGGCGACAUGGGAAACGAAAACGCCCAAUCUCUGGCCAGGCUUCAGAAUGACACGCAGCGCAGAAUGUACGACGCAAUCGUGCACGUUGGCGACUUCGCCUAUGACAUGAACUCAGAGAACGGCGAAGUGGGCGAUGAGUUCAUGAAUCAGAUCGAGAGCAUCGCUGCCUAUGCGCCGUACAUGGUUUGUCCGGGGAAUCACGAGGAACGCUACAACUUCUCCAACUAUCGCGCGCGCUUCUCGAUGCCCGGCGGCACGGAGAAUCUCAUGUACAGCUUCAACCUCGGGCCGGUGCACUUCAUCGGCUUCAGCACGGAGGUGUACUACUUCAUGAAUUACGGCAUCAAGAGCCUCGUGAUGCAGUACGAGUGGCUGGACAGGGAUCUGGAGGAGGCCAACAAGCCGGAGAAUCGCCAGAAGAGGCCGUGGAUCAUCACUUUUGGCCACAGGCCGAUGUACUGCAGCAACCAGAAUGACAAUGACUGCACUCACAAUGAGACUCUGGUGAGAGUUGGCCUGCCUUUCACGCAUUUCUUCGGCCUGGAGAAUCUCUUCUAUCGGCAUGGCGUGGACGUGGAAUUGUGGGCUCACGAGCACUCCUACGAACGCUUGUGGCCGAUCUACAAUUAUCAGGUGAUGAAUGGCUCCGCCGAGGCGCCGUACACGAAUCCCAAGGCUCCUGUUCACCUAGUCACGGGUUCGGCGGGAUGCAAGGAAGGGCGCGAGCCCUUCCCGGAAGUCGUUCCCGACUGGAGCGCCUUCCACAGCCGCGACUACGGCUACACGCGCCUCAAGGCGCACAACGCCACGCAUUUGCACUUCGAACAAGUGUCUGAUGAUCAGGAUGGCGCCAUAAUUGACUCCUUCUGGAUCAUCAAGGACUCUCACGGUGGAUAUCAAUAGUCAAUCUCUACUCAGUCAAGCGGAUCUGAGGAAUUUGUUGUGUAGUUAAAGGCCAGAACUGAGAAUUUAUCUGCAAAUAAACGAUCAAGAUAAAA